UCCCUCUUUCUCUCAUUCGCCUUACCAGCUAUUAUAGUGCAUUUCAACUUUUGUACAGGCAUACAAACAAAGGGAAGUUUGGAUUCCAUUUUUGACCACAAUUUACCUCUUGUUUUCUGUAAUAAAAAUGAGAGGUCGGUUUGUUGUCACUUUUCUUUGGAAUUUAAUAUGUGCCAUUUCUUAUGCUGUUUUACGGGUAGGAUAAGGAAACAACAAAAAGGUGUGACAAGAGCUAGCCGGACAACUGUGGAUUUCUGCGAGUAACUCCUACCGUCCAAAGGGGAUGAGGGGGGCAUCGGCCGGACCCCCCUCUUGAUUGAUUACUUAUUAGUCAUCCCUUUGGCUAAAUGGGACCCAUUGAAAAGGCACCGUGGAACACAUACAUGAAUCAAAUAUUCCUGUGUCCCCUGAAUGUCUCCAGAGUAAUUUUGCUUAAGAGAGGGGGUCGUGGCUUAGCAUUAUAAAGAGGGAAAAACAGCAUAGCUUUAUGGGUUUAUUUAGACAGUUUCUACGGUUUGACAUUCUACCGCUGUAAAAAGAGAGAAGGAAAACUCGAGAGGAUUCCAAAGAGCAGAACAUUGAGGACAUACAUUUUUUUCUAGUUAAUUCCGUUGUUUCUUUUAUUUUUUUCCUCUCAUUUUAAAUAUUUUUUUUGUCAUUUUCUCUCCCGAAAAAUGAAACUUUGGACAUCUCCCUGGGUGUCUUGCCUGGUGAUUCUCAUCUUGUGUUUUGGAUCAGAGUGCGGGACAGUCCGGAGAAAGGGGAGAUCCAAGAGGGAGUUGGUGCGUAUUAGGGAGGCGAAAGCCACCAUCCCAGGGGCUUGUGCCACACGUCUGCCCCGGGGCAAACGGUCUUUGCCCGGCUUGGAGCGACGGGUGCUUCGCCAGCGUCGGCGCUCCUCUCACGCGGAGGAAAACUCUCCAGACCGGGGAAAAGCUGUCUAUUUUACCGGCAGGGGAGAUCAGCUACGACUGAAGCCUGGCGUGGAGAUACCCAGAGGAAAUUUCACUCUGGAGAUGUGGAUCAAACCGGAGGGAGGUCAACGAUCACCCACAGUGAUUGCAGGCCUAUACGACAAAUGUUUCUACGCCUCCAGUGACCGAGGCUGGCUGCUUGGUAUCCAGGCGGUUAGUGAACACGGGAAUCGAGACCCUCGCUUCUUCUUCUCCCUUAAAACUGACCGUGCCCACAAAGUGACCUCCAUCCACUCCAACACUCACUACAUACCUAACCAAUGGGCCCAUGUGGCAGUCACAUAUGAUGGUGUGUACAUGACACUCUAUGUCAAUGGCGCCCAGGUGGGUGUCAGUCGGGAGCAAUCAGGUGAUGUGUUCAGCCAUUUGACCAAAAAGUGCAAAGUGCUGAUGAUUGGGGGGAAUGCACUUAAUCAUAAUUACAGGGGGGCAGUGGAAAGGGUGGGUCUAUGGAGGCAGGCCAGAGGGCAGAGGCAGAUUAUCAGGGAUAUGCAGGGCCACGAGGACCCCCAAGAUCUACCUCAGCUGGUCAUUCGUGAAACAUUCGAGCACCCAGGACGGAAGUGGCUGACUGUGAAAGAUGGUAUCUUUCCUAACCCUGAGAAGGGAGGAGUUGGACGAUUAGGGUUUCUAGAUGGUGGAGGAGUCGGAAAUCCUGAAGGACUAUUGGACACAACGCUGGAGCCUCCAACUUGUGGUCAAACUGUCUGUGACAACGUCGAGGUCAUCAAAAACUACAACCAGCUUUGGAACUUCCGUCGGCCCAAGAAAGUACGAUAUCGUGUCAUAAAUAUUUGGGAUGAUGCAUGGAUGAGGCCAACUGUAUCAGACCACCAGAUCAGCCUGCAGCACCAGCAGCUAAAUGAUGCCUUUAUGCCCUACAACAUCACCUGGGAGCUUAGCAUUCAUAAUGUGACCAAUUCCUCUCUUCGAAACCGGUUGAUUCUAGCUAACUGUGAUAUCGGCAAAGUUGGCAAUGAUGCAUGUGACCCAGAAUGCAACCAUCCGCUGACAGGGUUUGAUGCAGGGGACUGUAUGUCUGGGCAUCGGAGUCGUUGCCCUGAGCACAAACAGGGGAAUGGGGUAUGUGACCCUGAAUGUAACUGGGAAAACUUCUUCUAUGACCUUGGCGACUGCUGUAACCCCAAUGUGACAGAUGUGACCAAGACAUGCUUCAACCGUUCUUCUCCACACAAAGCCUAUUUGGAUGUGAAAGAGCUGAAAGAGAUUCUGCAUUUAGAUGGCUCGACUCACCUGAAUGUCUUCUUUGCCAACUCUUCUGAUGAAGAUCUGGCUGGGGUUGCCACUUGGCCAUGGGACAAAGAGGCCCUCACACAUUUGGGCGGAAUCGUGCUGAAUCCUUCCUUCUACGGUACAUUUGGUCACACUGACACAAUGGUGCAUGAGAUCGGUCACAGUCUUGGGCUUUACCACGUGUUUCGAGGUAUAUCAGAGAUCGAGUCAUGUAAUGAUGCAUGUUUGGAGACUGAGCCCUCAAUGGAGACUGGAGAUCUGUGUGCGGACACCAACCCCACUCCCAAAUACAAAGGCUGCCACGAUCCUGAACCUGGCAACGAAACUUGUGGCUGUCGGCAUUUCACACAUACGCCGUUCAACAAUUACAUGAGUUAUGCAGACGAUGCCUGCACAGACUCGUUCACACUGAACCAGGUGGCUAGGAUGCACUGCUACCUGGACCUCAUCUAUCAGACCUGGCAACCCGUCUCCAAACCUCCUCCAGUGCCAAUGGCACCUCAGGUGGUUGAGCAGCAUCAUAAUUCCAUCACCCUGGAAUGGUUUCCGCCAAUUUCUGGACACUUUUACAACAGAGAAGUGGGAUCAGUGUGUGAUAAAUGCACUGAAGGGAGAGUUCUACUGCAGUAUGCCUCCAAUUCUUCCUCCCCACGACCAUGUGCCCCUUCUGGAUACUGGUCUCCAAGAGAGGCUGAAGGCCCUCCAGAUGUGGAGCAGGCUUGUGAGCCAAGUGUGCGCACCUGGAGUCCCAUUGCGGGGAUCGAACAAGGUGUUGUCGGCAUGUCAGAGUGCCCCCUCCAGGGCUGCAUGCUUCAGCUAGAGUUCGCCUACCCGCUGGUACCAGACUCCCUGACUGUGUGGGUCACCUUCUUCAGCCCUGAGGAAACGGCACUGCCAGCUAUCCAUAAUAUCUUGCUACUGACUGUCAGUGGGAACAACAUUUCAUUGGGUCCCAGUAAUGUCUUCUGUGACACCCCACUGACUCUGAAGCUGGACAUAGAAGAAGAGGUGUAUGGGGUACAGUUUUUCACUAUGGAGAACCACCUAGAGAUUGAUGCCACCCUCUUGGCAUCCAAGCCAGACUGCAUACUUUGUAGGCAUUGCCAACCACUACGCUACCGCCUGUUGCGCCAACCACCCUUCACCCAUGCACCACAAGGUCUGAUGUUGAAUGAACCUACCCGCCGAUUUACAGACAGGGAUGUGCUGCCACAUGUUAUGUACACCUACCAGGUCCAGACUAUCUCUGGCUGGAGUGAGAGUGAGCCCUCCCCACCUCUGGAGCACGAGCUGGGGGCACCUUACUGCGGGGAUGGACGCAUCCAGAGUUCCAAAGGAGAAGAAUGUGAUGACAUGAACUCUAUGAAUGGGGAUGGCUGCUCCAGCCAGUGCAAGAAAGAGUCCUUCUUCAACUGUGUUGAGGAGCCAAGCAUGUGUUACUACUAUGAUGGUGAUGGUGUGUGUGAGGACUUUGAGCGAGAGACGGGCGUCAGAGACUGUGGCCUCUACACCCCCAGUGGUUUCCUUGACCAGUGGGCCUCCACUGUCGAAGUUUCCCAUGAGGAGAAGCCCUACUGCUCUGGUGAGGUGGCUGCUGGAUACCCUGCUGUUACUAAGACAUGUCAAUCCAAGGUGUUUGAUCUAUCAGAUGGAGUGUCCCAGUAUGCAUGGUUCCCUUGUUCAGAUGUCCAUAAGUCCGUCUGGGGAUAUCCUAACUAUUGGCUCAAGGCCCACUUUUCUCAUCCCAUGGUGGCAGCAGCAGUGAUUAUACAUUUGGCUGCUGAUGGGACUACCUACACUGACCAGACUCAGUGUAACAUCACUGUUCAGCUGGUGGACACCAAGGAGGGCAUCCACAGUUUAGGUGAGUGGCGUCUCAGCUGCCGCACCAACCCUCUGGUGAUCCCAGUGAGCCAUGACCUGUCAGUGGCCUUCUAUCACACCAAGGCUAUCCUGGUCAUGUUUGCCUCUCGUCUCGUGGCCAUCUCCGGUGUAGGGCUGCGCUCCUUCCAGUCCUUCGACCCCAUCACAAUAAGUGGUUGCCAGAGCAAUGAGAUCUACAACCCCACAGGCCAGAGUUGUGUACAUUAUUCGUGCGAAGCCAUUGACUGCCAGGAACCCUUAAUCCGCAAUGCAGAGCUCAAGUGCAGUAGCCCUGGCCGCCACUUCUACAAUGGAGACCGCUGCACCAUCUCCUGCAACUCUGGAUACGUCCUGCAAAUCCACCAGGAUGAUGACAUCAUCAAGAGCCAGUCUGACUCUUCAGUGACCAUAACCUGUGCAAAUGGGAAGUGGAACAAACAAGUGUCAUGUGAGCCUGUGGACUGUGGUCUGCCAGACAAAUACCAUGUUCAUCCUGCCCAUUUCAACUUUCCUGAGGGCACUACCUACGGCAAGAAGAGCACCUUUCAGUGUCGAGAGCCUGCCCAGCUUGUAGGUACAAACAACACUCUUACCUGCCUAGAAGAUGGUCUGUGGUCUUUCCCAGAGGCUCUUUGUGAGCUUCGCUGCCCGGCCCCUCCUCCCGUACCCAAUGCUGUGCUGCAGACCAAGCGCUGCAAUGAGACAGGCCUCAAAGUGGGCACGCUCUGCAAGUACAAGUGCAAGCCAGGCUACCAUGUCAGCAACAAACCUAAGAGGCGUGCAUUUAAGCGCCAGUGCACAGAGGAUGGCAGCUGGCUAGAGGGGGCAUGCGAGCCAGUGACUUGUGAUCCCCCACCUCCCAUCUUCCAUGGCUCCUACCACUGCACUGACGGCUUCCGCUUUGACAGCGUCUGCAGACUCAACUGCUCUGAUCCUGCUGGUAAUACUGCUAUCGCCGCCGCAGGAGGCUCUGCCCAUACGGUGAGGCUGCUGCACGCUCCAUGCAAUCAGGGCGCGGGGUCUAAUGUGAUCCGCUGUAGGAAGGAUGGAAACUGGACAGGGUCGUUCCGCCUAUGCCCACACAGCAAAGGCCAGUGUUCUUUACCUCAAAACCUCCAUUAUAGACUCCAAUACUCAUGCAAGCGAGGACACGGCAUAGGUGAGGAGUGUGAGCUGACAUGCAGAGAGAGUACGAACGACGUGGUGAUCCUCCCUAGCAACAUGACAGUAGAGAGGGUACUGAGAGAGCACUGGAGGAACCCGCACAAAGUCAAGAGUAUAGUCUGUACAAUGGGCCUGAAAUGGUAUCCACACCCAGAAUUGCUCCACUGCAUCAAAGGCUGUGAGCCAUUCAGGGGAGACAACUACUGUGAUGCGGUCAACAACAGAGCCUUCUGCAACUAUGAUGGAGGAGACUGUUGCCAAUCCACUGUCAAGACCAAGAAGGUGAUUCCAUUCCCCAUGUCCUGUGACAUACGAGAUGAGUGCUCCUGUCGGGAUCCCAAUGCUAUAGAGAACAGAAAGGAGGGACAUGUCCAUUCCCUGGGGUGACCAAGCUGAGCAGGGACCUCUGUUCAACGUCCCAGGACCCUUGCUCCAACACAACACAGCCAGAGCGGCCGAGGCAGACCCCUCCUUCAUUCUCCUCUCGGCCUCCAAUUUCCUGCACAUGCUGCUUAACAGGCAUACCUCUCCAUCCAUACUGCAACCACAACCAGCUGAAAUGCCUCCACCUACACAUCACAGAAAGAUCCAGAAUAGAGGAUGGGACUCUCGAGACUCCGCAGAAAACUUCAUUUCUCAGCUAAAAGGAAAGUAACCCUGCAAUAUCAUCAUAAAAAAUAUAUAUAGCAAGGAGAAAAAAUACAUGAAACAGACAUUUUUUUUGAAAGAAUAAGAAAACAAACAAACAAAAAAACCUAAACAAAAUAUAAACAAGCCUAAGUAGCAUGCCUUUUGUUCAGUUUCGUGCUGGCUUCAGUGUCUAUUUUAGUGACCUUGCUCUACAAUCACAUGGUUGAACCAAAGGUAAAUCAAAAUGUGCAAGUGGGGGAUUGUGUUGAUGUCGGCUCUGUGUUUUGCAACUAUGAAGGAAAUCAAGACAAAUGCUAAAAUUAAACCUCAGACACUUUGAAGGCAUGUUAAACACCUUUUUGGAGGGACUAGAAAUUUGUGCUUAUAUCAUUCCUGGUUUCAAACUGGUCAGACAUUCUGUAUCUAUAUGUCCUUUUCUGUAAAGUGUGUUUCUUCAUAGACACAUCAGAGGCUAUAGAGGUUAUUCCUAGCUUGGUGGGGAAUGAGACAGCCAUAUUGUUAAGUUUAAAGCCACACAUUCAACACAAAAGGCAAAAUAAAAUGCACAAACACACAACAAAUGUCAAAUAAUUGUUGACCAAUCGCAAACAUAAUUUCCUAAGACAAUUUUAUACUACUUCAGCAAAAUCCUGAAUGCAUAAACCAUUUUUAGCAUGGCUUCUGCUACUGUGUUUGCUGCUACUUGCCAUCUUCACAUCAUAAUAUCUAAUAGGGUUAGACAGAGUUGUCUGCCUUGCUGCUUACAGUACCUCUUUAUUGCAUUCAUUCAUGCUUGCAUGUUAGUCCAUCACACUUUCAGAUAAUACACGGCACCACAUAUGAAAUGCACUAAAACCCAGAACCUCACUUGUCAUUCCUAACUGCCCAAGAAAAAUACUACAUACAUUGACCACGACUUAAAGAAUGUCAUCGAAAACACCUCACUUUGGGUUGGGGUGAUUUUAGUUUCAGUUUGAACUCCUCCCUCAUGGCGCUUGAUAAUAACUUUGUUACCUCAAGCACUGAUUCAAAAUGUUUAAACUGAAAAUAAAAUGAUCCCAGCCCUGUUCAGAAUGUAGUCAAUGAGUCUGUGGCUUUUUUGAUCGGACAGUACUGCACAGCACAGUCUCACAAGAGUACAGAAAUAAAGGACUGGAUAGGCCAUGGCUCUUGGUGAGAAUGACUAUAGGUGGAAGGAGACCAUGUCUGACACACACGCAUGCGCGCGCACACAGAAAUGAACACAUACACACAUAUCUGUCAUUCUCUCCCCUCCAAGUAGUGUUGGAGUCUCAGCUGUAGCUCUGCAGGCAACAUUGUUGUACAUGAAAAUGACAUUUGGAUGUAUAUGUCAACACAGCAUUUGCAGUCACAAUAUGAUCAAAGGUCCUAAGAUUGUCUAGUGGGUCAAGUUUGUAAAUAUUUAAUUUAACUGUUACAAUUGUCUCUGCAUUAAAAAGUGCACUUGGUUGCUCUGAUCAGCACUUUUCAGUAUUGUGAACCUGGGUGUCUGUCCCCCCAAUUAACUUCUUUAGAAUACAUGGCUGCUACAAAAGCUUUGUAUUUUGUUACUCUUCAUUCCAGACACAUAUACACUAGUUUUUCUCGUGCACAUUUGAUAAUGAAGGCUGCUUGGCAUAUUGGUCCAAAUUCUGCUGCUCUUAUUUGGCUGCAACCAUAGUCAUGGUUACUAUCAGCAUGAUUAUGAGUUUUCAUUAAUUUGGGCCAAUGGCACAGUCCCUCUGACUCAUAUUAGGCUGCUAUAGCAUUCCACAUCAUUGUCAUAAAUCAUUGUACACAACAAGCUGUACAAGUGGCGUUGUAAGACCAAUUUCAUGUCAUUUUAAAACCAAUGUUAGUGAAGAACUAAGUCAGCACCACAACAUACAGAAAAAGUGAGAUGGUAUUAUUUUCCACCAAAUAUAAAAAUCACAAAUAUCAUGUAAAUAUUACUACAUGUUCUUAAUGGACAGGUGGUUGAAAAAUGUUUUUUGUUUUUGUUUUCAUGUAUUUCAUUUUUACAAAAUGUCAUAUUUAAUCAGUGUUUGUAUUAUUGACCUCAGUUACGGCACUUUUUAGUUUCCAUGUAAGAAGAAAAAGUAUAUCUUUCAAAAAAUCUUUAGAAGCUGCUAUUGUCAGAAUGGUGAUCUGAAACAAACUGUAUGAUAUUCGAUCAUUUGACUCCCUGUGUUGCUAUUAGCUUUCCUGUCUUUAGUGUUUUAUAUGUAUCUGGCCAUAGAUACUCCUCCCCAACAUAAACUGACUUUGCAUUCGAUGUAAUCAAUGAAGCAGGGAGAUAUUAUCACUUUGAACCAUAUAUCCAUCUAUCCAUAAUCCCGAAAGGCCCCUAAAUCCCCCCGAAAUAAGGUACACAUCAACACAUUAUGUUUGGAAUUAUAUUGUCACAUAUUUAAGGUCUAGCUAGACUUCAGAUUUGUCUUUUGUUUUGCCCUGAUAUGUGUUUAUUACAUCAUCUUAGGUUAAAGGUAUACAUUUUGGCAAAGAAACCAAGAGAUGUCAAAGGGGAAGAAAAAGCUUAGAUGAAGGAAUUCCCAUUAAAAGACUUUUGAGAGUCUUUGUAAUUUUUAUGAAAUAUGAAACUUUAUAAUAACGUUGUAAAGGCUCAGCCCGUUCUCAUCCCAGCACGUCAAAUACUGACGCUUCGGUAUUUGAUGCUCAAGGUACCCUUCAGUGUCCGUGUGAGAUUUAAGUUACAUAACAUGUGACUUAUGUCCGGUAGUUAUACUUAUUUCAUCCCAAACCAUACUCUUUUCCUAACCAAGUAGUUUCUGUGCCAAAACCUAACCAAACUGCGGCCAUUUCACAACAUUAACCACAUCUUAAAAAGGCAUUUCAUACGGACGCUGAAAGGUACCUUGUGCAUACCCUGGGAUGAUCAAAAUUGCAUUUAACACUUUAUAUGAAAAAUUAUAUAGCCGUGGUAAAAAAGAAAUGUAUUAUGUUGCUAUUGUCAAAUUAUAUGUAAUAUUAGUACUCCAGAUACUGCUGCUUUACAUAGAACUGUUACCAGUGGGGAGAAACUGACCUGCAAUCACUACACUAUGCCAAUGACAUGCAGUACUGUGGUUCAUCACCUGCCAUUGAGGUCACUGGAAAGCCAUUCUAGCAGUUUGAAGGGAUGCAUCCGAAAUAUGUCAUUGGAUCCUUCCCUUUAUUCUAUAAAAUUAACAUAGUCUGUCAUAGCUUCCACAUACUUUGAUUAACUUAGAAAUACCCUUCUCAAAAAUUACAUGUAUCAUCAGUCAAUGUCUGGAUACCAAAAGAAGCUGAUCGUUUUUACUAUCAGAAAGGCUACAAAAUGUGACUACAUGUCAACUUGAAGAAAUCUAUUCUUAAUUUUGGAGAAGAUACCCAUAAGCCAUAGAUAAUCAAGAUAUUCAUGGAAGGAAGUAUAAGAUUAAGCAUUGGAUGAGGACAUCACCCCUCUACUGUAGUCAUCAUAGGAUCCCUUGCUGUACCUCAUGCCUGUAAUGUUUGCUGCUUCUAUAUUUUUGGUAUUUUAGUGACAUUUUUGCGUCUCAUAACAAUGGUGUAAAUAGUAGAACUAUUUAUUGAGAGUGUUAUACUUUUUUAAGUUAUAUUUAAUGUCCAUGUAAGUUAUUUUUUACAUUGUUCUUAUAAACAAAAACAUUAUCGGUCAAAACUGUCAUUUUGUCUCCGUCAUCACACUCUGUUGUGAUUAUUGCUGUCAGGCAUUGAUCAAACAUGUAGUACACUUAAGGCCCACAACCACACAAGAACUUGUCUCAUUGGUCAUCGAGUGUAGAUGGACACUGCUUGCAUCCAAUGAGGAUUCAACACAUGUUGAAAUGUUACUAAGUGCAGUGUAUCCAUUUUUAUUCAUUUAAAACCGGAAUGUAAAGUUAAAUUGUUUUCCUUUAUUUGCUUUUUUUAUGCACACAUUAGCCAUAUGUAUAAGAAGUUGUGAAAAGAGAGUAUAUAAGUAUAUAAUGGACAUACAUAAUAUAGCAAAUAAUGUUAUGAGAGACCAGUGUAAGGCACAAGGAAUAUAUACACAGCCAGUUAAGGGCAGGAGAAAAUGGGCACGUGGUAAAGAGAGCGGUCAAAAAUGAAGGAAGAAAAGGACUGGAGGUCAGAAGGCAGCUGAUGGUGCCCCAGAUAGAGUGUUCUUGGAUGGGAAAAAAGUAAAGGUGGGCAGGGAGAGAGCUAGGGAUGGGUGGGCUGCUUUUCCUGGCUUGUCUAGCUAUUUGUCCAGGUGUGAAAAUGUGUACUCACAGAGGCUGCCCCUGGGCCAGGGGUGGCCAGCGCUGACUGGCAACAAGCCGAGGCCAAUGAGUCAGAGUUUCUCCUGGGGGUGGCAGCCGUCCCUCUCUGGGACUCCCACCACCCCUUCCCUCACCCCUCCUACCGCCAUCCCCCCACGCCCCGACACACUGCCUCAUCUGUCACUGUCAGGUAUGCCUGCACAGUGCUGCCAGGGUCAAGCUGGCUCUGUGAAAAUGAGAGAGGAUGUUUGCCCAGCUUACAGAGCCUUUUGAAGUUAGGCCGAAGGAACACAGUUCUCCUCACCUAGAGCCUAUGCUUAUCACAUAAUAUGAUUUAUAUAGCAGUCUUUUAUGACAGGCUUUGAUACCUCUCCACAUUUUCCACCAACAGUCGCUCCUUUGUUUCUAAUUUAACACCUGGUUGUUGUAUUGCUUGUCUAAAAAUGGCAGAAACUUUGUAGUGUCUAACUCAUUACAAAGUGAUAAGGAGUGUUAGAAAGAGUGUCUGAAGCCCUAAUAUUUUUGCUCAGAUCAUUGUGGAGAAAAAUACUGAUGUGCCAUCUUGUUGUAAGACAUUUUUCUGUGUAUUGUAACACAUGAAGUACCUCUCACAGGCCUCUGGUUAUAGAAUGGUCCACUUAUGUCUGUUUCCUAAUCCCUCAAUAAAUAAAAAAGGUGAAUUGUCCUUUUUCUAAGUGGGAAGUCCAAAAAAAAGUGUAUUUACAUAUUAUGUGGAUAUCUAGUGGUAUUACUGCGAUGUUUCGUACCCGAUUGCUCAACAAAUAUAUUUUAAGAUGUAAAUAAUAAUAUUAUAUGAUGAUUGUAUUUGCAAACCAUGUACUAACUGUUUGGGAGUAGCUCUUGAUUUUUAUCAUAACUAUUAUACAAAGAGAUGAACCGUGAAUAUGUUGUGCAUUGUGUCAAAGUAUCACCUGCAAGACAGAAAAAAGAAAAAAAAAAGACCUGUGAUGCUUUACCACACCACUCGCUGUCAGCAUUUAUUUGUUCAUAAUGGCUUAGUACAAGCACUGUUGUCAGUUGUCUAAACCAUGAAUUUAUCCAUUGAGUCAUAAAUUAUUUAUUUGUUGUCAAGAUGAAUAAAAUCAUAAUGGUCAUUUCUGGGUCUUAGGAGUUGAAAUUGAUGCUCAUAAUCAGACUUGACUGAUCUUUGUUAUGCAUUGAGAAGUUCAUUUUAAAUUGGUCUGAGUUGACACCAACAGCUUUCCUUUCUCCUCACUCUAUACUGUAUGUUGUUGAGUCUUAUCCCAAUGCCUUUGUGUUUGCUGAGAAUUUCACCAACACUGUAAAGGUAGCCAUCAGACUCAGUAGUCCCUCCCUCCCUCUGAUGGCCUCCUCUCUCUUUGGUUCUUACACAGUAUGCACUUUUUCAGGCACAUAUACAACAGAUUAGACUUUUAUGUUUCUCUCUGUUUUCACAGUUGCAAUUAUAUAUUUUUUUGGUGCUCUGGUACAUGGCAAAACAUGUCUGAUGUGUACUAUAUUUUCAUAAGGAAGAGUCAUAAAGAUGAGUAUCAUGUUCAUUUUGCUGUCAUUUAUUGUGUAGAAAUAAAACACUGGUUAAAGUGAACAUAAA